UCUGCUGUCUGAGCAUGGAUAAUGGGAAAACUUUCUUCACUAUCCUUUAUCUGCUUGUUUACAGCUGUUUCGGCACAGCUGGAAUUAAAGUCUCACAAGUCAGCCGGGUAGAGAAGGGCAUGACAUUGUCUAAAGAAUUACUCCAACGUGUCAAUGAUUUGGCUGAAUUUGUUUUAAACAAAAAGGAAGACACAGCUCGUGACUCACUACUCAAAGUCCUCAAAGUCUUUAGUUCUCUUGGCAAAGUUGCAGCAAGUUUUGGCUUUAUUGGGGCAUUAAUUAGCUUCAUCUUUGCCUUCAUUCCACAAUCAAACCCAAUGUUUGAAUUCAUGAAGGAGCAAUUUGCCGAGAUCAACCGUAAACUCGACUCUCUCUCUCUUCAAAUUUCAACCCUGCAAACAGAAAUGGAGUGGACCAACUAUGCUAGCAGCUAUGGCAAAGAUGAGAAUGUGAUCAGAAACUCUUGGGCCAAGUUGACAGAAUUCAUAAAGACCGCUCCUGUUGCCUCCACACAGGAACAGAAGACCAGACUGGCUGAGAGGUUCACCACUUUCUAUGAAAACACUGGCACAGAGAACAGUGUUGCUAACUUCUACAGAUACAUUAAUGAGAACAAUCCUGUCAGCUUGAAUAAGAAUCUCUUACAGCUCAUCAUUGAGAAAUCCAACGGAGAUUUUGAUGUCCUGGUCCAAUACACCACCUACUUCACCACUCUGAUGGUUUCAGGACUAAAGCUAAAUGUGUUUUAUUACAAACUAAAGGGCUAUGAUGCUGACACAAAGGCACAAGAAGCAGUCACACAACUGUCCAACACUUUAUCAGCCAUACAAGAUGCCUUGAUUGAGUGUGCUGAUGGCUUUGAGACAUGGGCUCAUAAGGAUGCUUUGAAACUUAGCAAUCAACGAUUCUCAAGUACUGAAAAGCUAGCUACAGAUAUUAAGAAACACUUGGAGAGCAAGUUCCACUGGUUCAAAUGGAUAGUAAUUGCCCACUCAAACACAGAUGAGUUUACCUUUGGACAUUCAAUUAACUUUGAUGCUCAAGAAAAGACAUCAAUUCACCUUAUUCAUCAAGAAAAGGGGUCUGCUGUUGAUCAAAACACAAAGGACAGCAUUCAAUCCAGUUUUGAAAAAGUAAUUAUAGAUUCGAAGAUUACCAUGCAGUGUUUAACAAUGAAGGAAGAGCUACUCCACAGGUUUGGUGCUAAAGUUACCAGCCACAUACGGUUUCUUCAUGCUGUUAAAAAACCAUCAGAUUAUGCACAAACCGAUAUGGCAGAUAUUGAGAUGAGGUGUGAACCAGUACCUUUCUCCUUAAGAGACUUUAGUAUCUUCCUCAAAGCAAAUAUUGUUCAGCCUCCCUGCUCAGACGUGAAUUGUAAACAUGGAGAAUGUAAACCCAUCAAGAACACCACACAAGGAUUCUGCAAGUGCCAUAAGAUGUUUUUUGGUCCAGAUUGUGAGGAAAGCAUCCAAAAUAUGAUUCACUAUGAAGAUCUUGAAGAUGAAAUCAAUUGUAUAAACUAUCAACCGGUCCCCGAUCUGACAGCGAUUUAUUUUAGUGUCAAGGAGCUGAUGGACUUCACUAAAGAAAUGAUUGAGUCUGUCCGGAAUGACAUACAGUGGACACAAGUCUUUGUGAAAUACAGCAAUGUAAUUCAGAGGUUUCGCUACAUCUCUACAUCAUUUUCACAUCUUAAAAACAGUACAAUAACCCAAGACUACUAUGUUUCUGAAGUUGGAGCUCUGUUCACAGGAGGACACUCUUUUCAGUUUUACCUCAAAGAAUUUCAUCACAUGAUGAUGGGCACUGGAUUUGGAGACAAACACAACAUCCUGGAUAUUUUUCGCGAGUCUCUGAUCCAGGACUCACAAAGUCAUUCUGGUGAACCAGUAGAAUGCACAAAAGGCUACAGUGACCAGAUUGAUUAUUUUGUUCGCUACCUAUUUGCCCUGGAAAAGGAAGCGGUUUUAGCUUGGUCUAAAUAUUUACUGGUCACUGGAAAAUCAGAGAACACUGCUUUUGUUAAGACGUUUUUUCAGGACUACGUCUCACAGCAGUGGAAACUCUUCAAUAAAAAUGGAUGUGGCCCGCUAAAGGCUGGGGAUCUUCAGAACAACCAGUGUGAGAAGCUCUACCACAGCACAGCCCAGCAGCAGGUGAAAAUUAAAUGUGCUGGAUUAUACAAGCCCUUCCCCGAGAUCGUAGUGUGUUCUGGAGGGAAGUGGAGUGCCCUACCUGUGUGUUACGCCGAGCAGGUAAACGGGCAAGUUGAGUGCAAAUCUGAAGGUGGAGCCACUGACUGCAAGGCCUUAUGCUCGACUGGCUGGGGCUCUGCCACACACCCUUGGCCAGCAGAGUACAAAUGCUCACAGCUACCCUGUCCUUCCUUCAUACCUCACAAGUGUAACAACUGCACACAAAAGAGCGUUUGUAAGUACGAUGAGGCCUGCACUGGCUUCCUCGGCACAUGUCGUGAUGCAUGCCUGGUGAAUCCCUGCGGAGUGAACACCAACUGCUACACCUAUAAUCACGAUAGGUACUGCAUGUGUGUGAGUCCGUGGAAAGGAGACCCAUACCAGGGAUGCAAGAGUCAGGACCUCAAGUGGUUAAAUCCCGAUGAUGCACCCGGCAUUAAAGAUGCUGUUCGUUCUAAAACUGACCUUGAGGUGUGCAGAGCCAUCGGACCUGACGGUGGGUGGCACAGUGGAUUUGUGAGGGAUCAACAUUGCUAUUAUGAAAAAGACUGGGAAACUCAUAAAGCCGAGAGCUAUGAGGUUCUGGUUGAUCCUUGUGGAGGACGUGGCUGGAAAUGGGUGGAGGGGGCACAAGAAAACAUGUACACAUAUGACGACUCGAGGAGGUUUCCAGGAGUUCAUUACUACGUGUGUAGUUUGAAGAGAAAUGGCUAUGUAGGGAAGCUUUUCAACACGCGGCAUGGCUUUCUGUGCCAUUUUCCCCUUGACUCAUAUACCCGGGAUGGAAGUUUCUAUGCUCUGGUUACACAACCAUGUAUGUGAAGACACUUCACCUUGAUUCACUGUUCACUGCUUACGUUUCUCUAGUUCCUUUUUCAAGCUUUGAUUUGGUGAAGGUGCUGUAUUAACCUUAAAAAAGACAGAGUGAUCCUAAAUGUUUAGUGGGAUUUUUUUA